AUGGCUCGUGUUUUGCAUGAUAAUGUGUUUCCUGAGGUUGAAGUGACACAACCCGAAGGGCAAGUAAGGGCACGAACUAAACUAUCCCAAUGGGGUAUGUCCUUCACCGUGGAGGAAGACAACCUCCUUGUAUCAGGGUGGCUCAAUAUUAGUAUAGACGCUAUUAGGGGGACAGAUCAAAAGUCCACCCAAUUGUGGAUAAGAAUCCAUGAUUACUUCAAUACUUAUAAAAAUGCUAAUUGGCCUGAACGUUCUGUGGGGUCGUUGACUAAUCGAUGGUCAACUAUCCAAAAAGUCACAAAUAAGUUUUGUGGUUUCUUAGCCCAAGUCGAGUCAAUGCAUCCAAGCGGUACCAAUGAACAAGACAAGAUUGACAAGGCAAAAGCAUUGUACCGAUCGACACAAAAAAGCAAUUACAAUUUGGAUCAUUGUUGGAACUUAUUGAGGUACCAACCAAAGUGGCAAGUGCAUAUGGAUAAUUUGCCAACAAAGAGAAAGACGGGUUGCCCUACUGUUCCAGCUGCCAUUGCCAUAGAUGUUGAGGAAAAUGAGAGCAUGUCUACCAAUUUGGAGAGGCCGCUAGCUGAUAGGAGGAUAAUGAUGAUUGAGCGACGGGAGACGGCAAUGAAGGCUGAAAAGGACAGGGCUGAGAUAAUCUCACUUAAGAAGAAGAAGAUGGAGAUGGAAGUCAUGAUGUUGAAUGUUGAUAACAUGAAUGCAGUGCAGUGA